AUGGAGGCAAGGGGAAAUGUCAGAGAGGAGCAGAUUUUAGACACCGCAGGCGCAACCUUGGCUCAAGACCGGCCGGAAUUCCUGGAAUCCCCAGAUUGGUCUACUUUUGGAACCCGAACCUACAACAUACCAGAGGCUCGUCUCACCUUCCCGCAUCUUACUAUUUUGGCCUUGCAUGGGCUUCCGUUUGAUGAGAAUUCACGCCAUUUCCUCAGUCUACCCACAUCCUCAUUCAGACUUCGGGAACUAGUGUUGGUGCUCAAAGGUGCGCCCCAUCUAAGCUGCCUCGAACUCAGUGCCCGUGUUGCUGGUACCGGAAGACCGCGAGGCGCAAUAAUACAAGAGCUCUGUCGCAACUAUCUUCACGCUGGAGGAAGGGCUCUUCAAAAGCUGCGCUAUAUCAAGCUUGGAAAAGGAUUCGAGUUGUAUUUUCCAAGGAACCCUGGAUACAACUAUAAUCACCCGGCUGGCUUCUUGGGUAAUCUAUUGGACUUCUCCAGGCUCGAAGAGCUGCACUUGUUCUAUGACGACUAUGUAGACGGUCCAUAUCUUAUAGAGGCACAUCACCCCAAAGACUUUACUGGUAUCAAUCUUGCUUUCAACACGCAUUUGGCGAGAAAGUUGAUCCACGCCCUCCAUCUUCCCAGCUUAAGAAAAUUGACGUUGCCCUGGGCGGACGGCUAUGCCUGGGAAAUGAUAUACUACGAUUCCAAGUUCACCCUGAGACAAAACCUGGUGAUCAACUUUGUGGAUGAAUUCCAUCUUCAAGACCAGCAUCGACCACGCGGCGGCUUGCAUCCCUAUUCAUAUCUAUGGCGUGUCCACACGCUACUCCGCCCAUUCCCCUUGUCGGGCUUAGUCCUGCCCACCAACGGCAUGUCCCUCCCAGAGCAGAACUUAUCCCAUCUUGUGUCCCUGACCACACUAAAGUCUCUCAAAACGACACUUCCUCCGUUGUGUGACUUUGGCUUCUUCUGUGCUACUCAUGAUACGACGCAUGUCGAAUGCGAUCCCGGAGAAUUAUCGUCGACGAACAUCAGCACGAUUACGUGGCAGUUGAGACGUAUUCGGAACCUCCGCGAACUUUGGCUGGCGGGAGAUAGUCGUCACAAGUCAUACAAGUGCAUUGUUGAGCAUAUUCGAUCUCAUCAUGGCGUCCGAAUCGAGCAUUUGGCCAUGGCGUUUAUCCAGCGAUUUCGGAAGCUGGAGUAUAUCAGGAUUCUGGACCGGGCGUGGCGGAUUGCGAGGAGGGAUGAUGCUGAUGAUAAGGAUAACGAGAAGGAGGAGAAGGAGAAGGAGGGAUAUUGUAGUGAUGAUGAUAUGGGAGGAGAGGAAAGAAGGGAGGCGGUGGCAAGGGAACUGAGUCCCUGGGAGGUGGAGAAUGAUGUACCGGAUGCGUUCGAUUACCGCACGCCGAGUCUGUUUAGGGGGAGGUAG